GAAGCUGGAAGUGACGUCAUCCCCUGCAAGCCGGUGGUGAAAGAGUGUGCCGCCUUUGUCAUGCUGCAGCGCAUCCCCAAGGAUGUGAUGGCAAAGACAGGGGAGCCGCUGUCUGUACAGAAGGACUCUGCUGAGUGCGUUGGUGAGAUGGUUGUGGACGCUGGGGUAGCGGGUAUAACGCCUGCAAAUUUGUCUGAGGUGCAGGUUCGCCUUACAGUCCUGGCUAAGGGUGUUUCCCCUCCUGUGGUGGUCCCGCUAGGCCCCGCCCCUUCAGGGGCAUGGUGGCCUCUGGUGUGCAACCAGCAGGUCCCCCGGUUUCUCCUCAGGGGGCUGCAGGUUCUCAGGUCCAGGCUCCUGUGGGUCAGGCUCAAGUGGGUUUUUCCUGCUGGUGUGGGUGGUCCCCAGCCCCAGGCUCCCCCAGGUCCUGGCUCAUCUGCGUCUGCCCCUUCAGUUGCUGCUGCUGGUGGGGCGGCUUCCCCUGGUCAUCCCCCUCGGUGGUGAGUGCCCCUGGGGCUAGAUCGGGGCUCAGUUACUCCGCUGCAGUUAGGGGAGGUCAGGGGUCAGUGGGAUCGGCCCGGGCAAGGGCAGGUAAUCUACCCACUUCCGCCGCGAGGCGAAAUGUUGUUCAGCUCAAGUGGUCAGGGGAGGGUCCCCCCCUUAGCAGGAGAGAGGUCAUAGACCAGAUACUAGAGAUGGGCUUCCGUGUCAUGGAUAUUUUUGCGUUUAUUGCUCCAGUUGGUACUGGAGAAUAUGACGUGUCCUUUAUGCGGCCGGAAUUGUUGGACCUCUUUUGACAGAGGUAUGAAGCCACCUUUGUCAC